AUGGCUGGCGUACGGGAUGCGGGUCAUAUGUAUGGAGGGACGUCGUCCUCAUUGACUGAUAUCAAAAUCAAACCGGAUCAUGAGCGUAUUGCGACCAUUGAUAGGGAUAGUCCAGUCCCGAACAAAAGGCCGAGGAGUAGUAGAGAUGUAGCCGCGAUGAAGAGGAGGUGUGUUUCCACAGCUUGCGUCGCAUGUAGGAAACGCAAGUCCAAAUGCGAUGGGAAUACGCCAAGUUGCGCAGCUUGCUCAAGUGUAUAUGGGACUGAAUGUGUAUACGAUCCGUUAUCGGACCAUAGAAGGAAAGGGGUAUACAAAGACAAGAUCGAUAGUCUCAAGACCCGCAAUUCCACUUUACAAACUUUGAUACAAGCGAUAUUGAACGCCGCUGAGGAGGAUGUACCAGACCUAGUUCGCCAAAUUCGAACGUGUGAAAGUCUCGAUGAUGUAGCAGAGAACAUUUUGAAGCAGGAGCAAGCACUCGAAGAGGGAGACGACGAUAUUUACGAUAACACGUCAUAUACGACAACUAAUUUGCCGAAUUUCGAGAGUCAGUUGUCGGGGAAGAUGGGUGAAUUGAGAUUGGAAAAUGGUUCGGUAAGGUUUUUGGGGGGCACCUCAAAUUUGAUCUAUCUUGAUGCAGCAGAUGUUGAGGAUGGGGAUGCGUUAGAAACCACCCAACAAGACGAACCUCUCUUGUCGUGGACAACAGUCACGAACGAUACAGAGGUUAUCGUGCAUUUGAUUAAUAUGUAUUUCACAUGGCAUUAUCCAUACUUUACGACAUUGAGCAAAUCUCUGUUCUAUCAAGACUUCCUUUUGGGCAAACCUCCAGGCAACCCAAAAAGAACAAUGCAUUGUUCAUCAUUAUUGGUUAGUGAAGAUUCAACUCUCUAUUCCAACAUCUUCUCACUUCUCCAGGUUAAUGCUAUGCUGGCUUUGGGGUGUCAUUUUACGAAUUCUCCCCAGGCUUGUGCUGAUCCAGGGGAUACAGCAACUAAAGGUGAUCAUUAUUUUGCGGAAGCUAAACGACUGAUUUUUGAAAACGAUGAGUACGAAAAGCCAAGAUUGACCACGAUACAAGCACUUUGCCUUAUGUCGGUUCGUGAGGCUGGCGGAGGGCGAGAAGGCAAGGGAUGGGUUUACUCUGGAAUGGCAUUUCGAAUGGCUCAGGAUAUGGGUCUCCAUCUGGAUCCUGGAAUCAGUAAAAGCAAUACGAACGAUUGUCCUAUUGAUGAGAAGGAGAUUGAUGUCAGAAGAGUCACAUUCUGGGGCUGCUUUCUGUUCGAUAAAUGUUUCUCGAAUUACUUAGGUAGACUUCCUCAGCUAUCGGUGACUGAGAUUACGGUCCCUAAAUAUGAUGUAAAAAAAUUCGACGAUGAUGAAAUUUGGUCACCCUACACAGAUAAUGGAAUAGGCCAAUUACAUUCCCAACCAUCAAGGACAAGAGCUGUAGCUUUACAAAUUUCCAGUCUCUGUGAGAUUAGUAGUGAUCUUCUUACAUUUUUUUAUCACCCACAACGUGUGGAAAGGGGUGUUGGAAGAUCUCAGGAGCUGAAGAAGCUUAGCGAGUUACAAACGAGACUCGAGGCUUGGAAAAGAGAUUUACCAAAGGAAUUUGAAGCGAAAGAAGGACAAUUACCUAAUGUCCUUCUAAUGCACUAUCCUACCGAUUCGAAAGUCCCACCUACUAAUAACUUGAUGAACGACAUAUCAACAGAGUCUUCACUCACCGGAAUCCACAGUACCGUGUCGGUACAACGAGAUCAUCCAGAUCCUAUUUCAUAUUCUACACAAGUUUCACCCGUCUCUGCAUAUCACCCUUCUCAUACAAUGUAUCCCCAUCAAGCUCAGUCUUUCGGUCCCAGUAUCGCAAAUGGCGCUUCUAGAAGUAACAUUAGUCCAUUGACUAGUGGGAAUAGACAUGUUAGCCCGAGCACGAUGUUUGGGGGUGUGGAGCAGUUAGUUCAGAGUCAGGAUUGGUGGUUGCAGGAUCAAGUGAGUUUAGCAGUUGGUUUUGAGAACUGGAUGGGUGGAGGUAUUGGUCUUGAGUGGUGA